AUGGUUCAAAUUAACGAGGCACCUUCAAGAGACUUCUCAAUAUAUAGUUUGGUUGGGGACUUUGACUUUUUCGAGUCUUCUGAUUCAGAUUUUGGAGAACUUGUACACACAGUUGUGGACCAAAUUGGAGGAGAAAAUAUCAAUAAUCAAAGGUUGUUUGAUGUAUUAAAGAAAAAACUCACUAUUCUAGAUAAUGGUACAUUAAACCUCUUUGCUUCCUCCAAGAAUCCAAGGCCAGAAAUCAAGGAUAUUCUUUUUUCUGAUGGGUCAUAUUUUGAUUGUAAGUCAAAUCUAAAGAAAGAGCUAAAAAAGAUCUGUCAAAAUGCCGAACUUAAUUCACAAAUAUUAAAUCCAAAAGAUCUAUCUAUUUUAAGAUUUGUAUUUUCUCACCACAAGUUUUUUAAUACUCAAAAUGAGAUUAGAUAUCCACAAGACUAUGAAAUUUACGUUGUGAGACAUCCAAAUACAGACUUUAAUGGUUGUAGGACUUUUGCUGUCAAGAAGAAACAUGGAAAGUCUUCUACUGAAGAGAAUUCUAAUAAAGAGGAGCUCAUUCCAAUUAGUUAUGUCUCUUCUGUAGCAAAAAUUAACACAAAAUGGGAAAAAUCUGGAAGAAGGAUUAUCAAUCUUAUGCAUGCUGUAAUUAACAUUGUUCCUAGUGAUCUUAAAUUAUUUAUAACAGCAAUGCAGGAUAUCUACCCAUUAUCUAUUAGAAACUCUUUGGACUCAUAUAUUUUAUAUUCUAAGCUCUUGUUUCAUGCAAUUAAAUUAAUCCCCUCAACACUGAGUAUAUUACUAAGAUUUCUGAUUAAUAAGCUUAUUUCGUUAGAGUCAGAAAUACAUUCUAAGAACCCAAAUAAUCACACUAAAGAAAGAUUUGAAAAAUGGAGACAGGAGGAACUCCAGACGGUUGCAAUUAAAAUCAGAAGAGGAGAAUAUGCAGAUAUUAAUUCUGCAAAGUCGUAUAUCCAAGACUUUGAUGGUUUAAAGACCCAAUUUUCAGAAAGAUUUACAGAGGAAGAUAUUGAUAGGAAUGCACAAGUUUUUGAUAAUAUUACAAGAGAACUAUUUGAUUUCAUUUCUGAAGUAUAUGAAAAUGGUUUUAAAUACGCUAAAAUUUUUGAAAAUUCCACCGAAACCUUGAAUUCCACUCCAACUAGAAAUUUAAAGGUUUCUGGUAAUGCUUCAAGCAUACUUUCUAGCAGUGACUUAGAAUCUUCAGCAGUAGAAGAUUUCGUUGUUUCAGGUUAUGGGAAAAAAGAGGAGCUGUUAUAUAAACAAUUUGUUGAUCUAGAAAGUACAAUUUUGAAUAUAUUUGAAACUCAGAUUCUUGCGAUAGAAAAAUGCCAGUUUGUUAACUACAUUCCCAUAUAUUUGGUUUGCCAUUAUGAUCAUUGGUGUGAGAAAUUUCUUCAAAUUACCUUUAAAAAACUGUUUAAUCCACAUGAGACACUUAUUAUCAGAGAAGCUUCGGUAGAUUAUAUUGUCUCAUUUGUUACAAACUACGAGAUAGUCUCCAACUUUAAGUUUUACACACCCUGUAUAAAAUAUUUGAUGCAAUUUCUACAUGAUUUUGUUGCUCAUUGGAGCAUUGAAAAAACUAAUCAGAACUUGGAAUCCCAAGAAUUUAAUACUAAUAAGAGAUCUGGGUUCAAGAGAAGCUUUGGAGAUCACUCUCAGAAACACUCACAUCUGACUUUAAAAAAUCUAUUUGGUCUAUACUGCCAUGUUGUAUAUUCUCUUUGCAAACUUGUUUCAAUUAUAAUAAAAACAAUUUUGAAUGAUAGUAUCCAGGAAAAUUCUUUUGAGGGUAUACAUUUUCUCAUAGAUUCAGUCCUAAAUAUUAACAGAGGUUUUAUUCCAUUUAUCUUAUGUGGGGAUCUAUCUCCCAUAGACAACAUAGAUUUCGAGACUUUGACAAUCUUCCUGAAGUCUAUUAUCAGGUUAGUUUAUAGAACGGUUUCUGAACACAAGGAAAAGUUAAGUGUCUCAAAGUACUUUGGUGCUAUUAAGCUUAUUUCGGAACUCUUAAAUUCUAAUAUUAACAAAGAAGCUAUUAAAAGUGAACCAAAACUGUUUUUAGACAAAUUAUGGCUUUGGCAUUCUGGAAAAUACCUCAAGAAAUUUCAAACUACUAGAAGAAAUCUAAUAGAGGACCUAAAUAUUUCAUCCUAUUUUGAGGAACUUUUCAAGUUAGGCGAAGAUGAAAUACAAACACAAUUUGAAGAUGAUAAGGAGCUUCUCAGCGAAAAAAUCAAUCUUCCAGAAAAUAAAUAUGGUGAGAUGGAGUCAUCUAUCCUUCCAGAACAGUCUCUUUGGGAGUAUGUCUGGGGAGAUGUUCCAGUUUCACAUGAAGAAUUAGAGCAAGAGCUAUAUAUAACAAAAAACAAGAUGUUUAAAGAGGACUUGGACAAACAAUUCAACUACUUAAAUCAAGAGGGAAAUGGGAAAGAUAGGGAUAAAGAAUGUUUAAGAAGUUCAUUUUCUAAAAAAUCGAGUUCUACAAGUAUGUCAUUAUUGGAUACUCUUUUAUCCUCUGAUGCUUUUAAACGGGGAGAAGCCAUUUUACAUAAUUAUCAACGAAAACAUUCUCCUUCUUCUAAAAGGACUAAUAAGCUGUCUAGGAAAUCUAGGCUAUUUUAG